AUGGCAUCGCAUAGCCUUCUGGCUGCUCUGCUGCUGGGUAUUUGCUCCACGACCAGCGCCUCGUUGUUGAACUGUAAUUGUGAACCGGGUCCUCGAGGACCACCGGGACCGCCAGGACCUCCAGGUGCUGGCUUUGGUAGUGUUGGUGGUGGUGGUGGCCUAUGGGGCUAUCCACCUAUGCCACCAUUUAAUCCCAACAUUCAGCCUAUAAUUGGUCCUAGAGGCUUGCCUGGACCGCCGGGACCGCCGGGCUACUGCUUCCCCUGCCCAUAUAGUGGAUUUGGACCAGGAUUCGGACCAGGAUUUGGACCAGGAUUCGGACCAGGUUUUGGACCAGGUGGGGGAGGAGGAGGAGGAGGAGGCGGCGGAGCUUUCGGUCAGGGCAUAUCCUCCGCUAUUGGCAAUCUUAUAAUCAUACCAUCCGGCGUUAAUGGACGCGCCCAGCUCUUCCGCAUCACUCCCGAUGGCCAAUUAUUGCGCAUCGAGAAUCCCAAAAAUGAUCUCAAUGAGAUUCUACCGCAUAAUUUCCAAGAGCAGCUCGCACAACAAGCGGCCGUGCCCACCGCCGCCUCAACGACUGGGAUAACGCCACCAAAUCCGCGGCCAGGGCCCACAGCGCCUACGCCCGACGAUCAGCCCGACGGCCUGGAUGAGGCCAUGUUUGCAGCGGCUGCAACGAAUUCGGAGCGCAAGGAUUCGCUGCGUGGCAACUCUGAGGCCAACGAUUGGCGCCGUGUCCUGCUGCUGGGUGAGCCGCCUGUCAUCAGCGCUGCCAGCUCCGAGCAGGCCACCGCCAACCAACUGGAGAACAGCAUGGACAGCUUCCAGCGAGCACUGGUCGAUCUGAGGGAUAAGUAUGCCUCCCUGAUACAGCCACCCACGGUCGAUCAGCGAUACGCCGUUAUUCUAUAG